AACAAUUAAUUGUUUUAAAGCUGGAUUUAAAAUUUUAAAUUGUGUAAUUAGUGAGUAAUGUUUUUAAUUAUUUAACUGCUUAUCAUUCCACAAGGUUACAUGUAGGCAGAAACUGUUUACUAUUCAGCCAUCUUGAUUUUGGAGACGCCAGUAGGUAAAAUAAAAAAAAAAUGGAAGUAGCAGCUGUCAAAAUUUUAACACGUGCUGUUGAUAUGGAUAAAAAAGAACAAUAUACACUGGCAUUAAUUUUAUAUCAAGAAGGUAUACAAGUAUUACUCAAUACUAUUAAAGAAGUAACAGACGCUAAAAAAAAAGAUCACCUGCGCGUAAAAGCAAACAGUUACUUGGACCGCGCUGAAAAAUUAAAAGUUUUAAUUGAAGAAAAAAAAGCGCUUGGUCAGUACCGGGAACAAACUAAAAUAGAAGCUGGAGCUACUGGUUACGAUUAUGACAGUUUGUUUGGAAGAUUUUUAGAUGAAAAUGUUGUUUGGAUUCAUGUUGAGGAUCCUUACAUCCGCGCUUAUCACCAGUGUUUGAAUUUAGUCAGACUAUGUGAAUUAUCAGUACAAAAGUGUUCUUCACUCAGUAAAAUAAUUUUAACAACAACCCAAGAUCCAGACGACUCCAGAAACCAGAAUAUGAGGCUACAAGAGUUGAAACAAAGUUUAAAACAAUCUAAUAUUACAAUGGAGAUUAAAUUUUCUGAUACUUUGCACGACAGACAAAUCACUCUCAGUAAUGGGUGGGUGAUAAAAAUCGGCCGUGGCCUGGACUAUUUCAAAGCACCGGAGGGAAAAUUCAGCCUCGGUGCUUGUGACAUGGCGCUGCGAGCGACUCUUGAAACAACAGUCGACAUUUUCCACCGGAACGAGAUAAAAAACUGA